UUGAUUCCAACGUUCGUAGUCAAAUCAGUACAUUAACAAUGCUGCUAGUUCUACUUGCAACCCUUGCUUUCGUUGCGGUAAUUCUUAUAUCGUAUCAGUUCAACUACUGGACCCACCGUGGUGUACCACAGCUUCAGCCAAGUUUUCCUUUCGGGGAUUUUGGCGAGUUCUUCCGCCGGAAGCACGGUGUACCGAUGACGUACGCCAACAUCUACGCCAAAACGAAACAUCUUCCAUACGUGGGAAUUUACUUAUCUUUGCGUCCGGCACUGCUGGUGAAUGAUGCGCAGUUGGUGAAAGACAUCCUUAGCCGGGAUUUUGAGCACUUCCACGAUCGAGGACUGCACGUUAACGAAAAAACGGAUCCACUAAGCGGGAACCUUUUUUCUCUUGGAGGUGUAAAAUGGAAAAAUCUGAGAGCAAAGCUGACUCCCACAUUCUCUUCUGGAUGCUUGAAAGGAAUGUUUCCUAUUUUUGUGGAAAAGGCCUCCGUGUUACAGAAACGUUUCACAAAGGAACUGUCAAAUGCUGAUGCGAUAGAAGUGAAGGAUCUUUUCGCCCGAUAUACGACGGACGUCAUCGCAUCCGUUGCGUUUGGUAUCAACGUAGAUUCUAUCAACAACGAGCAGGAUCUGUUCCGUCGGAUGGGCAUGAAAGUUUUACAGCAAGAUUUCAAAACAUCCAUGCGAUUGGCACUAGCAUUUUUCAUUCCAAAGGUAAAGGCGCUUUUUGGAUUUAAUUUAGUCGCAGCAGAUGUUGAAGAAUUUAUGAUUCAACUUGUAAAGAAAACGCUGGAGCAGCGCGAAAAGGAUGGAGUCAAUCAAAAAGAUAUGAUGCAGUUGUUACUGCAGCUUAGAAACACCGGAUCUGUAUCAAUCACUGAUCAACAAUGGAAACUUAAUUCAUCAACUGCUGACAAGACACUGUCGAUCAAUGAAGUUGCAGCGCAGGCGUUUGUUUUCUUCGUCGCCGGAUACGAAACCUCCUCAACGCUGAUCUCUUUCUGCAUGUUGGAACUAGCUCGCCACUCUGAAAUUCAAACCAAAGUUCAACAAGAAAUUGAUAGCGUUCUGUUGCAUCACAAAGACGUCUUGACCUACGAAGGCCUAGCAGAGAUGAAAUAUCUCGAUUGUUGUAUGGAUGAAACACUACGAAAGCAUCCCCCAGUGUCGUUUUUGAAUCGUGAAUGUACUAAGUCCUACCGAAUCCCCGAAACGGAUGUGAUCAUUGACAAGGGAACCGCCGUUGUCGUAUCUUUGCUGGGGAUGCACCGCGAUCCACAGUACUUCCCGCAUCCCAACGAGUUCAAGCCGGAACGUUUCGCAAACCAAGAGCUUUCGAACGGAUCCAGAAAGGGCUAUUUCCCAUUCGGUGGUGGUCCACGGCUGUGCAUAGGAUUGCGUUUAGGGAUGCUACAGGCAAAGGUAGCUCUAGUGAUGUUGCUGGCCAAGUUUCAGUUUUCGUUGGCGAACGAAGAGGAUAUUGCCCGGGAACUACCGUUAAAAGCCAACACUUUGCUUCUAACUACGAAGGAUGGCAUUUGGCUAAAUGUUAAGGAACGAUGUAAUAUGGUUUUAGAAUAGUUUUUGAAAUAUAAUGUUCGGAAAUGUCCAAAACAUCAUCAGAAGAAUAUUGUUUGUUGGUUUGUGUAUUUGCAACAC